AUGACCUGGCCCAGCGAGUUGAGACUUCAAGGAUCAGCACGGGCCUCUGACGAAGGGGGACUCGAAGCUCCGAGAUUAUUGGCUGGGCUCUUCUCACAUGCUCCCAGAGAAACGGCAGCUUCCGAGAAUGCCACGGUCUACUUCUCCAUCCUCGACCGAAUUGCGAAAGGGCAUUUUGUCGAAGCCAAGACCGACAAGGCGCUAUAUGAAAAGUUUAUCCAAGUUCUACGUGACGAUGGGCAUAUGGACCGGGAGGCACUGUCGACAUUCAAGCUGGCCCUCUCGAUGCGAACGGCAGCGCCCCGGGUGGAGGCGCACUAUCAAUACUACGCAACUGCGGUCGAACCGUCUCUCUCCGAAGAUCAGGACGGGUGUGGACAAUGGUUUUAUGUGGACGGUAAACAGUACUGCACACCUGCCAUUGGCGACGUGCACAGGGCAGUAACAGAGAACAACCAGGGACGGCCUCUGCCGUUUGAUCGCAAGUUCGGGACUGGCGCCCGUGAUGUCAUCCUCUACGCCGAUAUCACGGCGUCGGACUUUGGCACGUACCAUGAAACCGCCAUGAAGAUAGCUCAGAGUGGGGAGGGCGCAUACCGAGUCAGAUACAGGAGAAGCCCAGCUCAUCCGAGCGAAGCGCUCUCUGUCAAUGGCUACGGAGUAGAACUCACUCUCAAACGGACAGACUACAUUGUCAUUGAUGACCGAAACACUGGCGCCGCUAAAGCGUCAGGAAAUGAGGCCCAGAAACCCAUCGGGUCCUCCGAAGUCGUGCUCGACGACGAGGAGGUCACAGAUAUCAAGCCGCUGGAGAAGUCUGAGCUUGCAUCCCUAGGCAUGAAGGCAGCGUCUUUUAUUAUGCAAAGCGAGUCACCAUUUGAGACCCUGCUCAAACUCACCCAGGACUUCCCCAAGUACUCGACCUCUCUCGGGGCCCAUAACGUCUCUGCUGAGUUUAGAGCCGAACACGAGGAUAACCGGAAGGUCCUAGUUCCUGAAGGCAUGAAUGUACUGUGGAUGAACGGCGUUCAACUGAUCGAGCGCCAAAUUCAACCAUUCGGGCUCGUCGAUUUGCUCACACGGGAGCGCAGGCUGAUCAACGGUGUUCUUGACCUUGGCCUUACCGGACAACAAGCCAUAUCUUUGCUGGGGCACACAGAUGUUGCCCACGCAAAGUCGGGGGGCGAGGAGCCGCGACGUUUCGACUGGCGCGACGAGAUUGAAGAUGGCCGCGUUAUUGUUUGGCUGAACAACCUCGAAAAGGACAAGCGGUACCAGGAUUUUGCUCCGAGCAUCUGGGCCUUGAUGCAGCACUUUGGCCAAGGCCUUCCCCAAUACUCUCGUCGGCUAGUCCCAAUCCGUUUCGGCUUGGUUCCGCUCACUCCCACGGGAGAGGCCAUUGAGCAGGCCAAAAUCGUCUACUACCUCUUGGAGACUCACGGCCUUUCAGCGGCAGUCUCCUAUCUCGAGAAGUCGCUCGAACAUCAAAAGACUGCUAAGCCUGACGAGAGCAUCUUCAACGAAGCCAUCAAAGACCGCCCACUACGACCAGAGUCUACCGUGCUAUCUUUCAAUGACAUUUUCACGUCCGAGAGCCACGAAAAGCAAAUCCAUCUGGCUAAGCACUGGGUGGAGCGUCUGCGUGCUGGGGGCGAAGUUCCUUCCGUCUUCAUGGAUGGCUUCGCGAUUCCACGGGACGAAAACUGGCUUCGAGCCAUGAAUCAAAAGCUCAUGGGCGAUCUGCAGGCUCUUCAACAGGCAGCCUACUUCGGACAGGUCAAUGACGGCACCUGGAUCCCCGGCCGUUUCCUAGAGAACGCAAUCACGAGGCGCAACACGCUCAUCUUCCCCGAGGACGCCAAAGACCUCAAGGUGCUCAAUGUGAACAAGGUGUACACCGAGCACCACAAUGUCUUCGAUAAGGUGCCGGUCAUCGAGGCUGAUGACCAAUCAACUAAAGAAGAUUGGGCCGCCCUGACGGUCAUCGCGGACCUGGACAGCCUUGAGGGUCAGAAGCUGCUCCUGUUUGCGCUUCAGUUCCGCAGUGAACACUCGGGCGUCCGCGUCGACAUUGUGCACAACCCCAAGGACGUCGCUCGUCCUGCCUCGCAGCUCACCCAACGCAUCAAGGCCCGUGAGAGCGACCUGGCGGCAGCUAUCCAGCUUCUCGACCUUGAGACAAUCCUCGAAAGUGGCAAAGCCGAAACUGAUGCCGCCUACGAUACUGCUUUAGCUAGUUUUAUUGCUGAUUUCAGCCUCAAAGAGGGCGAUAAUGCGCUGAUACUCAACGGCCGUGUGGCUGGCCCCAUCGUGUCGGCUGAGGAGUUCAAGAAGGAGGACUUCGUGCAGUUCCUCGAAGCUGAGCGCGCAAGCCGGAUCCUGCCAGUUUACAAGGCCGUCGAGGACCUGGGACUGGGCGACAAGAUUUUGGGCCCGUUGGAUGCUGCUAAGUUGACUUCUGUCACUGCACUCUCCGGCAUCUCGGAUCUUCCUCAGGGCAUCUUUGACCAGGCAUCCUCGGCCAGGACGGCUGCUUUUAAUGAAUUGAAGGGGGCGCACACGUCGUUCCAAGUUGGUGAUAGCUCCACGGCAACCAUCUUCUUUGUUGCUGUCAUCAACCCCGCUAGCGAGGUAGGCCAAAAGUGGGCUGCCGUGCUGAAGGUGCUGUCAGAACUUGAGGGUGUCCAUCUCCAAGUCUUCCUCAACCCUGCGGACGAGCUUGGGGAGCUUCCCAUCAAGCGAUUUUACCGUUACGUCCUCGAGUCAUCGCCUAGCUUUGACGACCAUGGAAAGGUGUCGGUCGAUGACUUGGACAAUCUCCGCAUUAAGGACAUCAAGGCCAAGAGGGGUACUGAUCACAUCGAGGCUGUCUACCAGCUGGAGAACAUCCUGAUCGAAGGCCACUCCCGUGAGCUGCCGGCAGGUCAGCCACCUCGGGGUGUGCAGCUUGUCCUAGGUACCGAGAAAGACUCCCAGUUUGCCGAUACCAUCAUCAUGGCCAACCUCGGUUUCUUCCAGUUCAAGGCCAAUCCAGGUGUCUAUAAUCUCCGGCUAAAGGAAGGCCGGAGCUCCGACAUCUUCACCAUGGAAAGCCUCGGCGCCGAGGGUUGGACGCCUGUCCCCGGCGACGACUCGGACGAAAUUGCACUCAUGGACUUCCAAGGCACGACGCUCUACCCCCGCCUGAGACGCAAGCCCGGCAUGGAAGAGGAAGACGUCCUUGAAGAAGCCAACACCGACACCGCCACCGGCGCCGCUGGCGCCGCCAUGGACUUUGUCUCCAAGGGCCUCAAGUUCGCUGAAGGUCUCCUGGGCCGCGGCAAGCCCACCGCCGAAACCACCAAUUCGCUUGCCACCACGCAGCACGCCGAGAUCAACAUCUUCUCGGUCGCCAGCGGCCACCUCUACGAGCGCAUGCUCAACAUCAUGAUGGUUUCGGUCAUGCGGCACACCAACCACACAGUCAAGUUCUGGUUCAUCGAGCAGUUCCUGUCCCCGUCCUUUAAGGACUUCAUCCCGCACCUCGCAGCCGAAUACAACUUUUCGUACGAGAUGGUGACGUACAAAUGGCCGCACUGGCUGCGGCAGCAAAAAGAAAAGCAGCGCGAGAUCUGGGGGUACAAGAUCCUCUUCCUCGACGUGCUGUUCCCCCUCUCGCUCGACAAGGUCAUCUUCGUGGACGCCGACCAGAUCGUGCGGACCGACAUGCACGAGCUGGCGACGCUGGACCUCGAGGGGGCGCCGUACGGGUUCACGCCCAUGUGCGACUCGCGCACCGAGAUGGAAGGGUUCCGGUUCUGGAAGACGGGCUACUGGGCCAACUACCUCAAGGGCCACCCCUACCACAUCAGCGCGCUGUACGCCGUCGACCUGCGGCGCUUCCGCGAGCUGGCCGCCGGCGACCGCCUGCGCCAGCAGUACCACGCCCUCUCGGCCGACCCCAACUCGCUCGCCAACCUCGACCAGGACCUGCCCAACCACAUGCAGUUCCAGAUCCCCAUCCACAGCCUGCCGCAGAGUGGCUGUGGUGCGAGACGUGGUGCAGCGACGACACUCUCUAGGAGGCCCGCACCAUCGACCUGUGCAAUAACUCGCAGACCAAGGAGCCCAAGCUGGACCGGGCGCGGCGGCAGGUGCUCGAGUGGACCGAGUACGACGAGGAGAUCGCUGCGCUGGCGAGGCGGAGAGGAGGAGCAGAGAGGCCAGGUGGAGAGACUCUAG